CAUUCACCAUUAACUCCAAACGCAAUUCUUUUACCCCCUCACAUUUUAUCACAGUUUAUCAAAUUAUUGCAUGCGAGUAUGGAACACUCAAAAAGCAGCGUCACAAUCUAAACGAACGCUCCGACUGCAGUGACGUGAACGGGCCCGUUAUAUCAAUCAUAAGACACGGACGUAUAAAAGCUUCAGCCAAAUGCUGUCUUUGCAGUCCAUGACGACUGUCUGGGGUGCAGAAUGGAACAGGAGCUGCAACUCCCUAAGAUUAACGCCAUCAGACUGCAGGAUGGCACCUCCGCGCCUUUUCAGCUAACGAGGAGGCGAAUUUCCACGGAUAAGAUUCCCGUGCCCUCCGGAGUCCGCCUGACCCUAACUCGGGGCAUGCUUGGGGAUGGCUUGUACCAGCCAACCACCGACUUCGUGCGCACCGGCCCGCUUAUGUCUGUUCCGGAUCCCCUUUAUAACAACCUGCACGACCCUCACCUACGCCACUUCUUCACGCGGCAGGACAGACGCAACCUGCUGAAGGAUGGAGACUUCAUCACAGACGACGAUGAGGUGAUCUGUUCUCUGAAGGACUACAACUCGUAUGAGGUGUACCUGAGGAACCUCAAGAAGGUGGCGAACAAGACCUACGAUGCGACGCAGACGGCGAGGAUGAUGAAGGUGAUGGAGCUCCAGAAGAGAGGGCGCGUUCCCAGGGACGUGCGCCUGGAGGAGGUGGUGGAGUCCAUCCUGGCAGAGGACUCCAAGAACCUGCGGAAGCGCAUGCAAACCGAGGCCGUCAAGAAAAAACUGAAGGGGCAAACGGAUGUGGAAAAUGAGAGUCAACAAAACGAGGAGGCUCUGUAUACGGAGCUGGACCUCCUGUUCUGGAAGGCGGAGGACCGCGCCCGGCUCACGCUGUACGAGAAACAGUACAGGCACGAGCAGAACCGCGAGCUGUUCCUGAAAGAGGUCCAGGAACAGAAAGAUCGCCGGAAACAAGCUCUGGUGGAUCGCAAGUGCUCCAGCGAUCAGAUGAAGCUGCAGGAGAAGAUGAGAGUGACUCGAGAGGCCGAGCUGAAGACCCGCAAAGCGCUGGGGCGGGACGGGCGUUUUUGGGAGAUGGUGCUGGAGGAGCCCCGGCGCCCCCCGGCGAGCCGGCCAUGCGGGAACGUCCCCCCCCACCGGUCCGGGGCGGCGCGCGUGUACCGCGUCAACGCCUCCAACACCUUCCAGAACCUUCCCACAAUCCAGCGGAAGUUUCCGGAAAAGGCGAAGACGUCUCAGGACGGCGUGAUCGCGGAGCUCGAAGCGAAGCUCAAAGCGAAGCCCCAGGAGGAGGACCUCGCCGACCCGUCGCUAGGGGAGACCGCAGGCCUGCUGCCCCUGCGGCCGCGGCUGGGCCGCGCGGGGCUGACGGCGGACGCCUCGGGGCCGGACAGCGCCAGGAGCUCCGAGGCCCAUCGGAAACUGCCGUCGCUGGAGCUGGAGCUGGAAUGCAGCGACCAGUAG